AAGCAAAUUAGAAAAGUCAGGCGUGUUAUGUAGUAUAUUUAUAUUUCGUUUUCAAUGAAACAUCUGCUUUUGGUUUAGCGUAUGUUAUAAUGGAAAUUUGUAGUCACUUUAGUAAACAUAAUAAACUAUAAUAAGCUUAUUUUAUUUUAUAACCGCACGUAGUUUGAAAACGGUUCAUUAAAUUUCACUUCAAUCAAUUUGAACAUUUUUGCAAGUAAAAUGAUAAGUGUAUUAAAAUGGGAACAAUUACUACGACAUCACGUUGUAACAAAUCAUCAAAAAUGUUACAUGUCCGUGUUCCCUAAACAAUAUAUAUCAGCAGUCUUUAAAAAGGAGAAGCAAAAGGAGCUUGUUGAGUCUGGGGAGGAUUUAAAGUUGGUUCAUAUUCCAAUUAAGCCAGCUAGGAAUAACGACACAUCGUCAGUUUUUCAUGACGAUCUUAUUAGUAAAUACACUAAUUAUAUUAUGCGAAAAGGAAAAAAGUCUUUAGCAAGAGAAUUACUUGAAAAGACAUUUGAGAAUAUUAAGAGAACUCAAUUAGAACGUUAUAAUCUAGCAGAUGCUGAAGAAAAGGAGAAGAUUGUGACAAAUCCAAAAUUGAUACUUCAUCAAGCAAUAGCAAACUGCCGGCCUCUUAUGGAAUUAACUCCAAUCAAAAGGGGUGGUGUUAAGUAUCAAGUCCCAGUUGCUGUAACAGAAAAUCGGUCCUUAUUCUUGGCGAUGAAUUGGUUAAUUCAAGCUUCCAAAGAAAAAGAAAGGAAUGUACAUCUUCCAGAAAAAAUGGCAUGGGAAUUACUUGAUGCAGCUGCUGGCCAAGGCCGGGUAGUUAAACGAAAGAAUGAUUUACAUAGGCAAUGUGAAGCUAAUAGAGCUUAUGCUCAUUACAGAUGGGGUUAGGAAAAUCUUACAAAUUAAAUAUAAUUUUAUAUAUUUUUCAUAUAAUCUAAUAACAAAGCAUAAAAGUAAUGUAAUUAAAUAAAAUAGUUUUAAUCGCCAAAAAUAGAAGAAAAACUGGCUGG